AUGGAGAGAGCCAGGCAGGAGCCUCCGCAUCAGGCGCGCCAACUGCCUCGGACGACCCCUCCGCGCCCUUUGCGCCCCGCUGUGCCCCCGCUGCCUGUGGAGAGUGCCUCUUUUAAGGCAGCGGCCGUCGAGGCCUCCCAGUCACCUCCAGCCUCUUGUGGGGCCGCCACUGUAACCGUAGCCUCUUCGUGCGGAGAGGCACAGGGGUCCGAUAUACCGCCUGCGGCCCGGCGGCUGCUGCAGGUGAAGCCAGAACAGGUGCUCCUGCUGCCACCUGGGCCACCACUGCCUCCAGCGCGGGACGAAGCGGCGGCUGCCUCUCCUGCGCAGGCGCGAUUGGUGCAAUUGAGGCCAGAGCUUGUCUUGCUCCCGCAGCCGCCGCCGCCCAUGACCGAGGGCGCCCCCUGCAGGCCCGAAGUGCAGUCGGCGCAGCCCCGAGCGCUGCAGGUCAAGGUGGAGAAGCAGGAGGCUGGGCCUGGCUCGGAAUGGUCAUCGGGGCCUUGGAGGGUCGUCGAGACUGGAUCCAGACCUUCGGGAGUAGCUAAAGUGGAAGACCCCGGGCUGGCCCUCGACAGCGGGCAAGAAGAGGAGAAGGUCAAAUUGGAGGCCGAGGAGGUCAUGAGGAAUGUGGAGAAAGUCGGCGAAGACAAGAGCCUGGUGACAAUCAGAGAAGAAGCCAUUAAAACGGAGGAAUCCGAGAGACUCCACGGAGACUGCAGUCUCAGUUCGGAGCCCCCGCGCAGUGACUUGAUCCAUAACAGCAAGGAAGUCAUCCUGGCCCCGCCUGCCAGCGCCUUUGGGUCACAUCAGCAAGAUCUCAGGAUCCCUUUGACACUUCACACGGUCCUCCCUGGGACCCGGAUCCAAUUUCAGGGACCUCCACCCUCAGAACUGAUAAGAUUGACCAAGGUUCCCCUGACACCUGUGCCUAUUAAAAUGCAGUCCUUAUUGGAACCUUCUGUAAAAAUUGAAACUAAAGAUGUCCCACUCACCGUGCUUCCCUCAGAUGCAGGAAUACCAGAUACUCCCUUCAGUAAGGACAGAAAUGGUCAUGUGAAGCGACCCAUGAACGCGUUUAUGGUUUGGGCAAGGAUCCACCGUCCAGCACUAGCCAAGGCUAACCCAGCAGCCAAUAAUGCAGAAAUCAGUGUACAACUUGGGUUAGAAUGGAACAAGCUUAGUGAAGAACAAAAGAAACCAUAUUAUGAUGAAGCACAAAAAAUUAAAGAAAAGCACAGAGAGGAAUUUCCUGGUUGGGUUUAUCAGCCUCGUCCAGGGAAGCGGAAACGGUUCCCUCUCAGUGUUUCCAGUGUAUUUUCUGGUACCACACAGAAUAUCAUCUCUACAAAUCCUACAAUGUAUCCCUACCGCUCACCUACCUACUCUGUUGUUAUUCCCAGCCUACAGAACACCAUCACUCAUCCAGUUGGUGAAGUCCCCUCUACCAUCCAGUUGCCCACACCUUCAGUUCAGCGCCCAAGCCCCAUCACACUUUUCCAGCCCAGCGUCUCCAGCACUGCGCAGGUGGCUGUCCAGACUUCAAGUCUGCCCAUCCGUCCAGCACUUCCACAGCAGCAUUUUGCGGGGUCCUCCCAAAUGGACACUCAUCAGCUGCAGUCUGGAGCCAGUCAUUCUGUGAAGAGACCUACCCCUGUCUCACUGGAGAGCACCAACAAGAUUCCAACUAGUGCAAGUACUGUACAUGUGAGAUUUGCAACCUCGACGAUCCAACCUCCCAAGGAGUAUCCUAGUGUUUCCACCUGCUCCAGAAGUGCUCCGAUCCCCCAGCCUCCUCCCAUCCCACACUCACAUAUCUACCAACCGCCUCCCCUGGGUCAUCCGGCCACCCUGUUUGGGACACCAUCUCGAUUCUCUUUUCAUCACCCCUACUUCUUACCUGGACCUCACUACUUCCCAUCAAGCACAUGCCCUUAUAGUCGACCUCCUUUUGGCUAUGGAAAUUUUCCAAGUUCAAUGCCAGAAUGCCUUGGUUAUUAUGAAGACAGGUACCAAAAACAUGAGGCCAUGUUUUCAGCUUUGAAUAGAGACUAUCCUUUUAGAGACUACCCAGAUGAACGCACACACAGUGAAGACUCUCGGAGUUGUGAGAGCAUGGAUGGGACUUCAUACUAUAACAGUCAUGGCCACAGUGGAGAAGAAUACUUAAAUCCUGUGCCUCAGCUGGACAUUGGAGCCCUAGAGAAUGUCUUCACAGCCCCAACCUCUACUCCGUCUAGCAUCCAGCAAGUAAAUGUCACUGACAGUGAUGAUGAAGAAGAAGAAAAAGUGCUUAGAAAUUUAUAA